UUGCCAUCUUCAACCAUCAGGAAUGUCACAACGCUUAAUCGCUUCUACAUUCAUAUACAUAUUUAUAUGUUCAAUGAUGAAAUUACCCCAAGAUAAUAUCUGGGAAAAGCCUCGCUGCGAUACAUGAAACACAGUAGCUAGCCGGCAAUUCAGCGGAAUACAGUCCAGGGGCGUGUUUGCAUAUGCACGUCAGCCGCCAAACCAGGGCAUACACGAGCAAGGCUCUUUGCGCCACUGUAGAAAUGGAGCAAAAUAUCUUUGAUGACUUUCAUCACCGGCUAAAUGUUGACUAUUUUUCUUCUUCCUUCAGAUCAAAUGUAUCGCAGUUAACAACAGCAUUAAGGCGGCAGCUUUGGAAACUGCUUUACUUGUCUUCGCGACUGGCGAGAGAUAUCCGCGCUUUCAGUCAGCCACAUCCACAAAACGAAUAUGGACACGACCGCCAGUCUCAUCGCCAUUGUCGACCUUUCCUUCAAAGUCGUAAAGUACCUAAAAGAAGUGCGCGACGGAGGUAAAGAACGCUCCGAUCUCCACAAGGAAGCCUUGAACGUCUACGACAUAUUCUGCAGCCUGCAGUUCGACUUUGAAUCCCACGAUAUAAAGGAAGACACCCCGUGGUCGCGAGCAAUCAAGCCGCUCUUCAAGGUCGGCGGCCCCAUCAACCAGCUCCAGACGGUAUUGGAGGAAAUUACAGCCAAAGUUGUCUUCCCGCAAAAGAAUGCCGUCGUAAAAAAGUUCAAAUGGCCAUUCCAGCGCGCCGAUGCGCAGAUCCUCGUCGGUCGCCUUCAGUCGUUUAAGCAAACCAUCUCUGUGGCUCUCGACCGCGCCAAUCUUCGAGUUGGACUAGACACAAACGCCGAUGUGAAAUACGUACGACAUGUCAUCGAGUCGGCCGAGCUGGAGACGGCCUUAGGAUGGAUAUCUUCUCUUGAUUUCCGCGCGUUACACAAGGCUGGUCAGCGAGCAUCUUUGGGCGGCACAGGGCAAUGGUUCCUCGACGAUCCUCAGGUGCGAGGAUGGUGUGAAGGUCGAACAAAGGCGCUAUGGUGCCAUGGUAUCCCGGGCGCCGGCAAAACAGUGCUAGCAACGACCAUGUAUAAGAAACUCUUUAGCGAAAAGCUCGAUACGAACGUGGCAGUGCUUGUUGCAUACUGCUCGUUUGACGAUGAGAGCACUCACUCUGUGUUCAACCUUCUCUCCAGUUUCAUCAGGCAGCUCACGGAGCGGCGGGGUGAAAUGUCAGAAGCUGUGAGGGCCAUGUUUACAGAGCAUGUUAAGGGGCGCAUACAGUCGAGGCCGAGCCUGGAACAGCUGGUAAAUACUCUGUCUGCUGAACUCAAGACGCUGGAUAACACAUUCAUCAUCAUUGAUGGCCUGGACGAGCUUCGAGAUAAUGCGCACAAGGCUGAGUUACUCCAGACUCUUGAGUCUCUCGAUCCGCUGCCGCAACUAAUGGUCACCUCGCGUCCUGUGCAGGCAAUCCACACGUGGUUCACAGAAACAGCCAAGCCAGACCGCUAUAGAGUGUCAGAGUAUGAUGAGCAAAACGACCAGGCUGAGUACCACUGCGAUAACUGUAAUCUUAGCGAUGAUGACUCGGAUGGCUCGGAUGACGGUACGUCGUCGGCCCCAUCCUCGUUAGGCAGCAGCACGCUUGACUUUGACAUUGUAGACGCCCACGACGCCGCAAAAGAGGACGCUGUUGGCAAAGAAGUCGACGCGCCGCAACAAGAAGAUGAUGAAUGGAGAUGGGCGUCAUCCUAUCGUUGCGACAAGUGCCAGCGCGACGUUUGUGUCAACUGCUACGAGAAGCAUACCGUUUGUCUCGGCUGUAACAGCGCAAAGACGACAUUCCAGUGGGCAUGGCCGGGAAGUGUCAUUAUCACGGCGCAUCUGGACGAUUUGGAGCGAUAUAUCUUGUGGCGGAUAGACACCAGCGACAACCUAAAGGCGUUGCUUCAGAAUGCCCGGUCCAAGGCAGCCAGUCUUGCAGAUCAAAUUGUGAUACGCGUCCAGAGCGAGUCGUGUAAAAUGUUUCUGCUAGCCAAGUUUCACAUGAAUGCACUCGAAGAACAAGUCACAGCGAGAGAACUGCUCAACGCUCUGGAAACCCUGCCCUCCAACAUCACCACUAUAUACGACAGCGUGUUUGGCAGAAUUGGAAAUAUGCGACUAGCAUCGACGCUUGAAAGACUGCUAAACAUUGUAGCAACCGCUAGAAGACUCCUGUCGACGGAAGCCUUAUCGCACGCACUAAUUGUACAACCGGAAGAUGUUGAAAUCGACGAACUUCAGCUUUCCGAUAUACGACACCUGGCGGCCAUGUGUGCAGGACUUCUUGAAAUCGAUCACUUUGGCUUUGUCAGACUGUCACAUGAAACCAUCGGACACUACAUUGCCCAGAAGGGCCUGAAUCAGUCCAAGAGUGGCCACCGAAUUCUCGCUGAGAUUUGUCUUGCCUAUCUUCAAUUCGACGCCUUUUCAUCAGGAGCAUGUAACGGUCCGGAUCGCAAGGCAUUAAUUGACAAGCGCCGUGAAACGUAUCCCUUUUAUAUCUACGCUACCACGCACUGGGGCAUCCACGCGCGCCGUGCCAAUGAACAAAUGCCACUGCUUUUACAGAGUGACGUAGUCAGCAAGUUAGCAUUGAGUUUUACAACGAAACUAGACCAUGUGGCCGCAGCUGCCCAGUUUAUGUGGCUCGACGAUAUCGAGACGUCGUCAGGAUGGGACGCAGAAUAUGGUGUGCAUGGGUUGCAUAUCAGCGCGUACUUCGGAUUAACCGAUACAGUGUCUGCUCUGUUGGCAACAAACACAAAUGUUGACGUGGAAGACUGCUUGCAGACGACACCUCUAAUGUAUGCUGCUCAGGCCGGGCAUGCGACGACCGUCUACGCCCUUCUCCAUUCAGGUGCAGACCCAGGGCGCAUUUGCGGACGGAAGCGCACAGCCCUGCACAGAGCAUGUCUCCGAGAAAAUAUUGAAAUCGUCAAACAGCUAGUCUCUUCCCCCAAGGAUAUUGCCGUGAACGCUCUGGACGCGAGAUUCUACGACAUGACAGCCCUUAUGCUGGCAGUGGACCUCGACCUAGAAGAUAUGGUUAAGCUGCUACUCAUGCGACAGGAUAUCGAUGUGUCUAUGGUUCGACCGAGUCAUAUGAGGCAGAAUGCUCUCUUAAUGGCCGUCUCCUUCGGGCAAUGCAACAUUGUGGACGUGUUGCUGUCUGAUGGCCGAGUGUCCGUUGAAUCGCAAGACGCAUCUCGCCAUUCUGCGCUGACACUGGCCUGCUACGACGAUCUGGCAGACAUGGCAGCUCUUCUUCUAAAGCAUGGAGCUAGUAUGGAUGCGAAGGACAUACACGGUGGUCCGCCGCUGCUUAGAGCCGUCGACGGCAACGGGCUCGAAUGUGUUCGGGUCCUGAUUGACCGCGGCGCUGAUGUUAACUUCAAAGACUUUCACGGCCGCGGUAUCUUACACGGCUGUGCCAUCAAUUCGCGAGCGACGAUCCUCCGGCAUUUGCUGCAAAAUGUCAAGGGUCUCGAUCCCAACAUCCAAGACGACAAUGGCAACACGCCGCUGCACGACGCCGUAGCCACGGACUCAGAAGCUGUUGCGCGAGUGCUUCUCGACCACGGUGCCCGUACCGACAUCAAGGCCAACAACGGUCGGACGCCUCUCCGUGCAGCUCGUGACGCCGACCACGUAGGCCUAUUUGAGCUACUGAGCGCUGCCCGAGUAAAAGAGAUCAAAAAUGCCGAUACAGACUUACACGGCCCUGUCCGACAAAACACACUAAACGACAAGAACUACGUCAUGCCCAUCGAUGCAGCGGUGCAGAGGCUAAGCGGCAAAGCACUAGAUCUCUACCUCGACGAGAUGGGUCCCGCGGCUGACAGUGCCAUCCUAGAUGACAAGCAGACCCUCCUACACAUCGCAGCCGAGUAUGGACAGACAGAUAACGUUCGUAUACUAUUGCGCCGCGGGGCCAAUAUUCAAGCGAAGAACAAAUGGGGCCUUACGCCACUGCACUCUGCUGCCCUCAAAGGCUGGUAUGAUACCGUAACAGUGCUGAUUGAGGCAGGCGCCAACUUGAACGAAAGAGACAUGUUUGACCGUACACCGCUCGCCUUUGCAACAUACGAAAUCAGGCAAACAGCGCUGGCAUUUCUGCUGCUAAAGAACGGCGCUACUUUUGCAUCCUACGAGGCAGACUCGCUGCUGCCUACUCUGGCGCACGCUAUUGAUGCCAAUGAGCUGGAGGUGGUCAAGAUUCUUGUUGAGGGCGGUGUGCCGUUCCAGAUGAAGGAUACAUACCGCGCCACGCCGUAUCAGCGUGCUAAGCAGGCUGGGUUGGAGGACAUUGCGCAGUAUCUGUACGAUCAGGCUCGCGCGGAGAAGCGACAGCGACGGCAACAGCGGGAGAUGAAGCCGCCCUCCGCAACUGAGACGACUCUUUCAUUGCCUCCACAAUUGGAAACGGAGGGGACGCUGGUUCAAAUGCUGGAGACUGAGAAUACAGUGGAGGUCACGAAAUCGACGCCACCGGAAGUAAGCACUACAGCAACUGUCUCGAAGGCCAAGGAAUUGAAAGAAUCGUCUUCGAAGCCGGUUCAUACAAGGCUUGGGUUUACAGAGCGGGAGCUAGUACUAUUAAGUGUAAUAGCAUUGCUCAUAGCGAUACUACUUUACACGCGAGCCUGAAAUACAGCGUUGUUGGUUUAGGUCAGUUAGUUAUUAACUUGAAAAGAUUAAGUUAACGUUAUAAGUCAACUUAUAUUAAAUUAUAAAACAGUAUUAAAAAAUACAAAGAUGAUUUAUCAACUUAUAGCAAUUAUUUAUUUACCGUUUUA